ACGCCUCUCACCAUUCAUUCUUUACACCGAAAUGCCCGGUCUUGCAAAGAGAAAGCUCAAAGAAGUCGGGUCGAGUGCGACCGGUGCGUCGUCGUCGAAGAAGGCGCGAUCCUCAGAGAAGAUUGCGGCGAAGCCUGCACCGCCGCCCGAACCCGAGUCCAGCGAUGACGACGAAGAGGUGAACGAAGAUGAGGAAGAUGGAGGUGCCGAAAAGGAUCAGGACAAAUCGAGUGCACCUGACGCUGAGGAAGAAGCCGAGCCCGCAACAACCGGCGCAGAUGAAGUGAAGAAAACAUUUGCCGACCUGGGUGUACGAGAAGAACUCUGCGAUGCCUGCGAGAACCUCAAGUUCAAGAACCCAACCCCGAUUCAGACGCAAGCUAUACCCCUCGCUCUCGAAGGCCGCGAUGUCAUCGGUCUCGCUGAAACUGGUUCCGGAAAGACGGCCGCAUUCGUUCUGCCCAUUCUUCAAUCGCUGUUGGAGAAGCCACAACCACUCUUUGGCUUGAUUCUGGCACCUACACGAGAAUUGGCAUAUCAGAUUGCACAACAGGUGGAUGCCCUGGGCAGCAUUAUCAACGUCAAAUGUGCCACCCUUGUAGGAGGCAUGGAUAUGGUGCCACAAGCCAUCGCCCUGUCCAAGCGGCCACACAUUGUUGUUGCUACGCCUGGUCGUCUACUUGAUCACCUCGAAAACACAAAGGGCUUCUCGCUCAAGCACCUCAAAUACAUGGUUCUCGAUGAAGCCGAUCGCCUGCUCGACCUCGACUUCGGUCCUGUCUUGGAUAAGAUUCUGAAAGUACUGCCCAGAGAAGGACGACACACCUAUCUCUUCUCUGCUACCAUGUCGUCCAAAGUAGAGAGUCUUCAACGCGCAGCUCUGCAGAACCCAGUCCGGGUGAGCAUCAGCAGCUCGUCCCACCAGGUCGUUUCGACACUACUACAGCGAUACGCCUUCAUACCGCACAAGUACAAGGAUCUGUAUCUUGUCCACCUGCUCAACGACAACAUCGGCCACCCGACCAUCAUCUUCACCCGCACCGUCAACGAAACCCAGCGUAUUGCAGUCCUCCUCCGCGCUCUCGGCUUCGGCGCCAUUCCUCUCCACGGUCAGCUUUCGCAGUCUGCACGUCUAGGUGCACUCAAUAAGUUCAAAUCCAAGAGCCGAGACAUCCUCGUAGCCACCGAUGUAGCAGCCCGUGGUCUCGAUAUACCCGCGGUGGACCUUAUUGUCAACUUUGACCUCCCCAGUGACUCCCAAACCUACGUCCACCGCGUCGGCCGAACAGCAAGAGCUGGAAAGUCGGGUAAAGCAGUAUCGUUCGUCACACAGUACGAUCUCGAGAUCUGGCUGCGCAUCGAGCAUGCCUUGGGCAAGAAGAUUCCUGAACAGACCUUUGACAAGGACGAGGCAAUGGUAUAUAUGGACCGUGUCAGUGAAGCACAGAGAGUAGCAAUUAGGGAGAUGAAAGACAUUCACGAGCAGAGGGGCAAGGGUGGACGUGGAGGCAGGGGUGGCGGUCGAGGUGGCCGCGGCGGAGGUGCAAGGAGAGGACGUGAUCAGAUGGACAGAGAGGAGGGUUAA